AUGUCCAAAUCGGGCUCGAGAUAUGGAAGAAGAUCUAAUUGGUUCAAAAUUCACUGUCUCUUACAAGAACAACAACAGCAGCACAUGCAACAAAUGCAGACUAGUAAAUCGCCUCCUACGUUUAAUUCCACUAUUAACUCAUCCUUCCUACCCACAAAUUUGUUACCUGCCGCGGCCUUAGCGGAAUAUUACAAGAGCUCAGAAAAAAAUCCUUUUAGCGAGGACGUAACAAGGCAAAGUGUUUCACCGUCAGAUUCAGGCGCCUCUUCAGCAGACCCAGAAGAUGAUAAUAGUUCUAGGAGUACUAGUGGAUUAAGCAUUUUUAGACCAGCAUCAUCUCCGAGCAGCGAAAAAGACGUCCGGUUGCAAGCUCUUAGAAAUCAAAAUAAAGAUUUACGAAGAAAAAAGCCAUCAGCAUUGCCAUCACUGCCUUUUAGCACAGCUACUGCCACACAUAGUUACCCUCCAAGACGAAGUCCCUUUUUACCGACGGCAAUACAGAACUUUAGAUCUAUGCCACCUGGAAUAACCACGUGGCAAAAUCGUAAUGGAGGAGAUCUAUUACUUCAUUCACCAGCUGUUGCUGGAGUGGCAAUAGAACAAGAGCAGCCAAUAGACCUGUCUAUUAAAUCAACUGCUGUUUUAUUUAGAAGCCCUAAAAAAGAUGAAAUAAGUGAUUCAGAACCCGAACUGAGUAUCGACUUAAAUGAAGAUAAUGGAAAGGACAUGAUGAAAAAUCCCCUCGAUUUAAGCCUUGUACCGAAACGGACGGAAGAAGUUCCCAUGACUGGAUAA